UGGCAGAGCAGAACUCUUGUCUCCUACCUCAGCCCGCACUCUCUCUCUCUCAGAACGUCUCCCGCGUUUCCAGUCCUAUCCCUUUAUCAUCUCCUCUACUGCUGCUGCUUUACCCUGCCGGCAGUUAACAUUUGGAGCUAAUAAGUGACAAGGGUGAUCAAAUCUUCCCAUGAAAAAUUUCUCUUUUCAUGAGCUUUGAUUCAGUUAGCAAUCUGGAGAUGGAAAAGAAGCAGGGAUUCUUCUAUGCUUUGAAGCAAGAAGUGGUGAGAGGUCUAUCUCCGGUCAAGUCAAGACCAAUAUCGCGAUCUCGGUCUGAGAGCCCUGCGAGGAGCUUGUCUGAGGCUGUUGAGCUUCUUCAUAAUCGCCGGAGAAAGGCCCAGCUCGGCAAACGAUCCAUUUCAAACCUCCCAGAGUCCUUUAUGGUGAGAUCCUGCAGCCUUCGACCAGUCGGCGAGACACUACCGCCGCUAAUGGAGGGACCGGAUCCUCACGCUGACAGAUACUUCGCCUGCGACUAUCGGAAGGAAGGUUGGGGCAAAUGGGUCCUCGGCCAACUCUCCCGCGUCCCUUCUAUUUCCUCCGUUACCGCAGCGGCUGACGAUGCCAACAGAUCAGUGACCCGUCUCCUCCUCGGCGUCAUGGGCGCCCCCCUCGCCCCCGCCUACGUUAGCUCCAUCAGCGCGUUCCCGCAUCUCAGCAUCAAAGACACUCCAAUAGAAAGCUCAUCGGCGCAAUACAUUCUCCAACAAUACACGGCGGCCACCGGAGGGAUCAAGCUGCAGAACUCUAUACGAAAUUUCUACGCGAUGGGGAAGCUAAAGAUGGCGGCGUCGGACUACGAGACUCCGACGAAGUUGACUAAGAACCGCAGCGCUCCGGUCGAGACCGGCGGCUUCGUCCUCUGGCAAAUGCCUCCACAUAUGUGGUACGUUGAACUCGCCGUCGGAGGAAGCAAGGUCCACGCCGGCUCUAAUGGCAAGAUCGUUUGGCGCCACACUCCCUGGCUUGGCGCCCACGCCGCAAAAGGCCCUGUUCGCCCCCUUCGUCGUGCUCUCCAGGGCCUUGAUCCACUGACCACCGCGAGCAUGUUCGCCAAUGCGCACUGCACAGGAGAGAAGAAGGUCAAUGGUGAGGAUUGCUUCAUUCUGAAACUAAGCGCUGACUCCCAAACUCUGAAGGCGAGGAGCGAAGGCACAGGGGAGAUCAUUCGCCAUGUUCUCUUCGGUUAUUUCAGUCAAAAAACUGGCCUUUUGAUCUACAUGGAGGAUUCCCACCUAACUCGAAUCCAAUCAAACACUGGAACCGACGCGGUCUACUGGGAAACCACCAUCAAUUCCUUCAUAAACGACUAUCGGCCGGUCGAAGGAGUGAUGAUUGCGCACUCCGGCCGGUCGGUGGUCAGCCUCUUCCGGUUCGGCGAGGCAGCCAUGAGCCACAGCAAGACGAGAAUGGAGGAAGCAUGGACCAUUGAAGAAGUGGCUUUCAAUGUGCCUGGGCUUUCAGUGGAUUGCUUCAUUCCACCUGCUGAUCUAAGAUUACGUGGAUCUGUUACCAGUGAACCUAAUCGUUGACGCAAAUCAUUUUGCAGAAUUAAGGGGAAAUUGUAUGUUUAUACUUAACAAUCUAUAUUAUUUAUUGUAAUUUUGAAUCCACUAACUGAAGAGUUUAGUUUAGGUGAGUUUGGGGACUCAUGGCCUGUUUGAAUAGGAGCAUAAUCAUCCUAAGUAGAUGUUUGGCCUCUAAAAGUAUUUACGAAAUUUUGGGGUGUUAAAUCCUAAAAGUUUGUUUGGUAA